AUGCCGUCCUCCCGUAGGUCCGGCCGCGUCCAGGCCAAUACGAAGUACAAUACGGAUCCAUUCGCGUCUGUUGGAAUCAGUGAUGAAUCAGACUCUGAAAAGACAGCAAAGACAGCAAAGGCUCCAAAAGGAAAGGGUAAGCGGCGAGUAGAAGAGUCAGCCUCCGACGAGGAAUUCGUCGCCCCAGGCUCCGACGCAGACAUGAACGAGGGGCCCGAUGAUGACGACGAUGAUGUCUCUGAAGAGGCCGAGGAAGUCGGGGCCGAAGAAAUCGACGAUGGAGAUGAAAUGGAAGUUGAAAGCACGGCGUCUACCCCAAAACGCAAAGCUACUCACGCGCGCCCACAUGUGCACAAACGGCGGCCUCCCAAUAACGAGGUUGCCCCUUCGCCGGAUGAGAUACAUUUCCGAGGAAUCAUGGACCCCAAGGACCAUGUUGCCAAGCCUAUGCAUUAUGCCUUGACUUUUGGCUCUGAUGAGCGAGACUUGCUGUCGGCGAUGUACAUGCGGGACCGAUGGUUCCGUGGCAUCGAUGCUUGCUUGCCCACUCGUUUCGCUCUGGAGCAGCCGGAGGGGUCAGACUAUGGAUACGGGCCUACCAUGGGUAUUGAACCAGAGCAGUUUAGAACAGAACAAACAAGAGGCUGGGACUGGUUCUAUGAUGACCUCGGGAAGAAGCUACAGAAGCAACAGACACUGUCCGAAAUCAACGAGGCAGAUGCACUUCAAAUUUAUUUCACAGCGCCAAAGAGUGGGAAGCAUACGAUCCUCAUGGGCCCGACAAAUCAACAAACACCUAUCCAGUUGGGUUAUCAGGAAUCCUACAAUUUUGGGAAGAUCUGGAAAAAUAUGAAGGCUAGAAAGAGCGACCAGUCUGCUCAAUCGCAGGUCCGAGAAGGCUGGCUGAUGAACUUCGGAUCCAAGGUUCAAUGCAUAGCAUGGGCUCCCAAUCAAGAUGGGCUUUCGCAAUACAUGGCUGUGGUCGCCCCUCUUUCCGACGAGCAAAAGAAAAUAUACCACCCCGCAGGCAGUGAGCCUCUGUCACCCUUUCAUCCUACGCCUCCCUACUCCUGCGCUCUACAGCUGUGGGAGUUCAAGGGUAAGAAGACAGGCGAGCGGACCAAUACUCUCGAUAUGGAAUUUGAGCCUCGACUUCGGCUGGCUUUGUGUUCCGACUGGGGAGAUUUGCGCCGCAUGGCCUGGUGCCCAAUGGGCCGAGAAAAGCGAAGCAAAGACAAGACAGGCGACAGAGAGCAUCUCGGGCUACUUGCUGGAAUUUGGGGAGACGGAAUUUUGCGUGUAUUGGAUAUCAGCAUUCAGCGAAAGUCUGAAAAGGCAGAGUUCUUGAAAAUCGUCUCACCAAUCUUUGAGGCGAAACCACCCUCAACGCUCUGCUCAUCCCUGACAUGGCUUUCACCCAGCGACAUUGCGGUGGGCUGCAACAAUGGCUUCGUCGCCAUUUGGAAUAUUCAACAAUCCAAUAAAUCCGACAAAUUACCCUACUUCUAUCACCCCGUUCACACUAGUUAUGUGUUGAGCAUCGCCUCGGCAUAUCCGACCAAUCCUCAUCUUCUUUCCACCAUAGCUAUGGAUGGCGAAACCAGACUAUGGUCCAUGCUCGAUCCUACGGGCGAAAGUGCUUCCACCCCCCGCAUGAGAAUCGCGUCCCCUCAUCUCUGCUACGCGCCAGUCCUCUUUUCCUUCUUCUCCACAGACGAGAACAACUUCGGCCGAAUGCUACCGACACGUCGAUUCUUUGCCUCAAGCACGGUCGGUCGAUGCCCCAGCACCGUCUCCUGUGUCGCACAGCCUAGUUUCUGGCACCCGUGUCUCAUGUAUGGGGGAUGCGGGGGUGAAGUAAUGGCUAGUAACCCGUUCCGUCGACUCCUUUACAAUAAAGAGCAACAGUGGCAGCAGCUGUGGUUUACACAUGAUUGGGCCCAGGGUGCCGAUCCACACAGCUCUGGUGUCAGUCGGUUCUAUGAUGGAUACCAGGCGGAUAGUCAGAGCUUAGCCCGAAACCUGGCGGGAGAGAAGAAACCCUCUCUAGGCCUCAGUCUCACAUCGAUCCAUGAUGAAAGUACUCACGUCACAUCGCUGGGGUGGAACCCUAGUCGCCCGUGUGCAGCAUGGGCUAGUGCGGCGCUGGGGUGUGGCCUGGUGCGAGUGGAGGAUCUUGCCAUUUAG